CUUGAGUGUGUUGAAGCUCUUCUUUUUACAUAAAUAAUCCCAAUUUUGCCAUGGGUUUUGUCCCUAGUACAUCAUCCUAUUGACUGCUCUUGACCAUCUCCCCCUCCCCAUUUCCACUCUGCACUCCUCCUCCUCCAAGAACCAACAACAACCACUCACUCACUCACUCCAACAACAACAACAACAUCAUCAUCAACAACUGCUUAUCAUGCCAACACUCACUGCUGCACGAAGAACAACACUUCCACUCCAACCCAUGGCAGCACAAGCAGCUAAUCACUCAAACGACAAACAACCAUCACCAUCAUCCAACUCAAACAACACCACUGACCAGCAACAACAACAACAACAACAGAGCACUCAGUCAAACUCAAACACCAUUCAAUCCAUGGACACCCAAUUCGAACCACUAGAUAUCAUCGGAACCGGCUCAUUUGGGAUCAUCAGGAAGGUCAAACGAACCUCGGAUGGACUGAUCCUUGCCAGGAAGGAGCUCAACUAUGGAAGGAUGGACGAACGCGACCUCAGGCAACUAGGCGAAGAGGUCAACAUCCUACAGAACCUCAGAGGGAACGAACACAUCGUCAAGUACUUCGAACGCUACGUCGACAAACAGAACUUCAUGCUCUACAUCCUCAUGGAAUACUGCUCUCAAGGUGAUCUAGCAGGAGUCAUCAGUCGAUGUAGGAGAGACCAAGUCCAUCUGAGUGAAGAUACGAUCUGGUCAUAUCUGGCUCAGAUCACCACCGCCCUGGCGGACUGUCACUCCUCCGAAGUCUCCGAGGAGGGCGGCAAGAAGAAACCGAUCAUCCUCCAUCGUGACAUCAAACCGGAGAACGUCUUCCUCAAUCACUUUGGUCUCGUCAAGCUGGGCGACUUCGGCCUCAGUAAAGCCAUGGAAAUGGCCGCCUUCACUAAUACUUAUGUCGGAACACCAUAUUACAUGUCUCCUGAACUCAUUAAUGGCCAACAGUACGACGUGAAAUCAGACAUCUGGGCUCUGGGUUGCCUGAUAUACGAAUUAUGUGCCUGGCACCCUCCUUUUCAUCAAGCUCAGACCCAGCCAGAACUGGCUAAAUUGAUUCGAGAGGGCAAGAUCCCUAAUCUGCCUAGGGGUUACUCCUCUCAGUUGACUGCGCUCAUCAAAUCCAUGUUACGUCAAGACCCUAAACUCAGGCCAGACGCUAAAACAAUCUUGAUGGUCGAACAAGUCAAGCAUCAGACCCGUGUUUUGGAAGUGCAUCGAUAUGCCCGGGAAUUGACCAAAAAGCAAAGCGAACUAGAGGAACGUGAGAAAGCAUUAGAGGAACGUGAAAAUAAACUCAAGUCACGAGAGAGUAAGCUUCAGAGGGAGAAGGAAUACUUCAAGACCCAACAGGAAAACCAUCUGGUCCUACAGCAGGAGUUUCAGGCCAAGUUCCAGAACGCGAUGGAGGUCAUCGAACAUGCCAACCGGAUUGAAAGAGCCUUACAGGAUGAGAAUCAAGCUCUAGAUACACCGGAGACGGAUCACUUGACAUUGGCCGAAGGAUCAGACUCGGAGAUCAUUGCGGAGACCAAACCUCGGAGGAUCCCAUUGGCCGAGCGAAGGUUAUCGUUGAAUCCACCCGGAUUUACAAGUGGGUCUGCACCUUCCCCAACUCCUACUCUUAAUUACGUCCAUGCCACCCGACUGUCGAUGCAAAAAGCAGACACGACCAUGAUGGACCCUUCGAAUUUGACUGUUGGCUAUGGUUCUCCUAUGAAACUUGACACACCUUUCAAACAUCUCGCACCAGGCCCUAACGAGCCCAGUGUUCUCGGCUCGACCCCUCAGAGCGUCUCUUCUGAUCCCAAGCCGUUCCGACAAGUCAAGUCUAGCAAAUCGAUGGCCAGUCUCAAGUCGACCUACAGUCUCCUGAGUCGCUUGAAGUCCAACGAUGAUACAGAGUCUAUCAGCCCUUCCGAGGACGGCGGCUCUUCGAUCCGAAAAAUGGCUACUGAUAAGAAGGGGUCCUCUGGGACGACCCCGGGCAAUCCCAGCGGGCCACGCAGCCGAAGACUUUCGCGUCGAAGUGAGUCGGCCAAUGGAUUGUUAGUUGGCCCAUCCAGCAACCCGAUCUCCUCCCAACUGAUGACAAACCGACGGCCCACGAGCACGAUUGGGAGUGUCUCGACGCCGGGCGGGAGUACCAACAGCACGAACAGCGGUGAGCCAUUCGCGGGUGAGCCGAGUGGGGGGACGGGCAAGGCGGGCCCCGCGGAGCAUCUCCAUCCGGCCGGCGGCCCCGCUCCUCCAUCUAAUCAUAACGUCACUCCCUCGGCCGUCCAUCGAUCGCCGCGAUAUAACCACUCCGAUCCCGACUCACUUCCGUCGCCCUUCCUGAAGAAAAAGGCGUCCACCUCGACGCUCGUUUCGAAUUUCUUAAGACCGACUAACAACUCGGCGACUGCGCCAGGAUCGCCUCGGAAGCCCGCCGGGCCGGCGAGGACGUGUUCGGUGGACACGGUGGGAUUGGGGAUGAAGCGGAUCCCGAGCAUGCUCCAACACAUCCGCAGCUCCCAUGCUCCCGCCCCUCCCGUCGCCACUCGGCCCUCCCAAAUCGCCAACGGGGCCGCCUCUAAACGCCCUAACUCCGCCGCUAAUCAUCCCAACUCUUCUAACCCCUCCAAACCUAGUCUCACCUCUCGCUUCUUGAGUCAUAAUAGAGACGACUCGAGUCACAAGAAAUCCGCCGCCUCUCACACCGCUGGUUCGUCGGCUUCCUCGGCCCCUGUCAUCGGCGUCUCUUCUAAUCAUCUCGGCUCUAAAAGGAAAGAUAGUCCGAUCUUUUGAGUCUUGCCUCUUUUUUUUUGUCUCUCUUUCUCUCUUUCUUCUCAAAUUUGUGUGUUCUUUGUUUUGAUUCUUAGCUUCUCCCUAUUUAUAUUUAAACGUGUUUUCUUAAUUAUGUUGAUGGGUAUUAUAACUUUCUGUUUUGUUUUACUUCUACCUCUUCCUCUUUUUUUCUCUCUCUCUUAUCUUCAUUCAACCAUCAACGCCUCUCUUCAUCAUCCUCCAUCCUCCUCCUCUCAUCAUUAUCAUUAUCUUCUUCCUCUUCCUCUUCAGCCUUCUCCUUCUUCUUCUUCAAAUCAACACACAAAACCCUAGAAAAGGACAAAAUCAACACUCACU